CUUGAUAAACCAGUACUCUCUGUACAUUUCUUAAAAAAGGUAGCAAGUGGCGGUAUGAAUUUAGAAAAUGAUUUCGCAUCCGACAGCGAAAGCGACACGGAUUAUUGUGUAGAGCGUGGGAGUUUAGGAGCGCCGAACAAUGAAAAAUUAAGUGGCAAGCCGGAACAAAAAAUGUAUAUUAAAUCAUUAAAGCAUUCUGUUCGGACUUUGAGAAAGCCACGGAAAUUUGAAUUCUCUGGAAAUGGCCACAACGUAACAGACAGGGACGACCUGCUGUCAGAUGAAGAAGCUGAUAAGUCACGUUCGGAUGCUCUCUGGGCAGAUUUCCUUAGCGAUGCUAAUGUAGGAAGUAAAACCACACAAAAAACAAAUUAUGAUGCUGGAAAAGGAGUCAAUAUUAUCAAAAAAUCAGAAGUAAAGGUCAUGGAAGUAAAAAACACAUUAAACACUGUUAAAAUAAAAAAAAAGCCUUUAGGUUCGAGGCUCAUGACAUCCAAACGACAGCUGGGUAAAGACAAAAUCGGUUCUCUUAUUAAUAAAUCAGACAAAAAAAAAAAAUUGUCAGUGCUAGAAAUAUCUCAGAUAGAUUGGAAAAAUUUUAAAAAAAAUGAGGGCAUAGACGAGAAAUUGCGAACUUAUAACAAAGGCAAGGACGGAUACUUGGACCGCCAAGAUUUUUUGGAAAGAACAGAUCUCAGGCAGUUCGAAAUGGAGAAAAACGUACGGCAAUCUCGUAGGCUAAAUUAAUGAACAACUCUUACCUUAUCUAUGUGGAGGACUUUCUUGGGCAACUCGUUGCUUUUAUGGCAUAACUGAUGCUAAUAAAAGUUUGUAAAUGGAAUGUCAUUGCAUAAGUUUUGUCAAUACUAAUUAGAAUUGUAUUGCUAUAUAAAUAAAUAAUAACAUUAUCCUGCGAAAGCUCUGA